GCCGCUAGGUGGCAGCACUCAGUCGUUAUUGUGUUGCUAACGUCAGCCUUCAGUUGUCAGUGAGAAAACGGCUACACUCGUCUCAACUGAGUUUGUUGUCCAGAUUUUUUGCAUUUCAAGCUAAAAAGAUGGAGGAGUAUCAUUCUGGAGAUGAAGUGUCUUUCAGUCCAGAUGAUGCAAGUAAUGUUGUAAAGGAGUGCAUUGAGGGUAUCAUCGGAGGUGUGGACUACAGCCAGAACAAAGUCAACCAGUGGACAGCCAGCAUCGUCGAGCACACUCUCACUCAGUUAGUCAAACAGGGGAAGCCCUACAAGUAUAUUGUCAACUGUGCAGUGAUGCAGAAAAGCGGUGCGGGUCUUCACACAGCCAACUCUUGUUACUGGGACACUACCACUGAUGGAAGCUGCACAGUCAGGUGGGAGAACCGCACCAUGUACUGUGUCGUCAGUGUGUUUGCAGUGGCUAUUGCGCUAUGAACAGGAAUCGGCUGAGACAGACACAGAAACCAUAAAAACACCUUGACUCUAACCAUCACGUCCUCUGCUUCAACGCUGGCUUAAAACCAUGUUCAAUUUAUCAUGUUUGGCCUAAUCUAUAAAGUUUAAAUUGUAUUGCAAAUGCCCGUCACAUUGUAUGUUUAUUUGCCAUUUUUGUUUACUUUUUUUUUUUUUUUUUGGAUUUGCAAAGGUAAUAUGUACCUUUGCUCUGUAUAGGAUGAAAUGCAAAUAUGUUGUUGCUUAAGUAUUAAAAUUGUCUGGUUUGGGUUUAUCAUUCCAAAUAUA